AUGUCUUUCUUGGUGGACUCAGUCAUCAUGUUCACUUCGCAGGUGCUGUUCUUUGGAUUUGGGUGGUUGUUUUUCAUGCGUCAGCUGUUCAAAGACUAUGAGGUGCGGCAGUAUGUGGUGCAGGUGGUUUUCUCGGUCACCUUUGCUUUUUCGUGUACCAUGUUUGAGCUCAUCAUCUUUGAAAUCCUGGGUGCCUUAAGCAGUAGUUCACGGUAUUUCCACUGGAAGCUCAACCUUUACGUGAUUCUGCUCGUGCUGAUCUUUGUUGUGCCUUUCUAUAUUGGUUACUUUGUCGUAAGCAACAUUCGACUGCUGCACCGACAGCGGCUACUCUUUGCUUGUAUGGUUUGGUUUACCUUCAUGUACUUCUUCUGGAAACUGGGAGACCCUUUUCCAAUCCUCAGUCCAAAGCACGGAAUUUUGUCCAUUGAGCAGCUUAUUAGUCGAGUUGGAGUCAUAGGAGUCACACUCAUGGCUUUACUGUCGGGCUUUGGUGCUGUCAACUGCCCCUACACAUACAUGUCAUAUUUUCUCAGGAAUGUAACGGAUAGUGACAUACUUGCACUGGAGAGGCGGUUGCUACAAACAAUGGACAUGAUUGUCAGCAAGAAAAAAAGAAUUGCCAUGACCCGGAGGCAAAUCUACCAGCGUGGAGAAGAUCAAAACAAGCAAACUGGGUUCUGGGGCAUGAUCAAGAGUGUGACCUCUACACAAACAGGCAGUGAAAACCUGUCUUUGAUUCAGCAAGAGGUUGACGCUUUAGAGGAGCUCAGCCGGCAGCUUUUCCUUGAGACUGUUGACCUGCAGUCCACCAAGGAAAGAAUUGAGUAUUCCAAAACAUUCCAAGGAAAAUAUUUUAACUUUCUGGGGUACUUUUUCUCCAUCUACUGCGUUUGGAAAAUCUUCAUGGCAACGAUAAACAUUGUAUUCGACCGGGUUGGAAAGACGGAUCCAGUAACAAGAGGCAUUGAAAUCACAGUGAACUAUUUGGGAAUACAGUUUGAUGUAAAAUUUUGGUCCCAGCACAUCUCUUUCAUCUUGGUCGGAAUAAUAAUCGUGACAUCCAUCAGAGGCUUACUCAUCACUCUCACUAAGUUCUUCUAUGCUAUUUCCAGCAGCAAGUCCUCGAAUGUUAUAGUGCUGGUCCUCGCUCAGAUAAUGGGAAUGUACUUUGUGUCCUCGGUCCUGCUGAUGCGGAUGAGUAUGCCUCUGGAGUACCGCUCCAUUGUGACCGAGGUGCUGGGAGAGCUGCAGUUCAACUUCUACCAUCGCUGGUUUGAUGUAAUCUUCCUGGUCAGCGCUCUGUCCAGCAUCCUCUUCCUGUAUCUGGCCCACAAGCAGGCACCAGAGAAGCACAUGGCUCUAUGA